CGCACCGAGACGGGAUGAUGUUGCUGUGGGCGGCCCUGGCGCUGCAGCUGGGAUUGAGCACUGGCUGCUUCAUCAACAACUGUCCACAAGGCGGCAAGCGUUCGUCGCCGGAGCUGGUGCCGCAGGGACUGCAGCUGCCAGUCCGCGCAGCGCCCUUCCUUCCGCCAGCCUCGCCGCCCGAGCUGCCGUCAGACCCGCCCAGCUCUCUCAAACUGGGCCAGGUCCGGAAGCGUUUUCUGGUGGCCCUGUCACCGCGAUACAGAGAUGUCGUCGGCAUGGAGGGCACGCCUCCCGGCACGUGCUUCAUACAGGGCGUCUGCAGCUACCCUGACUGCUGCAGCUUUGAGGCGUGUGCCCAGUCGGCCGAGUGUCGCGUACUGAAGCAGGGCUACCGCAUCCUGGUCAAGUACAUCUUCUCGAAGCUGGAGGGCGUGAACGCGCCCGACCUGCAAGAUGGUGCCGUGGCCUGAGCAGGCUAAAGCCGGACCAGAGCCGGAGCCGGGCCGGCGCUGCGGCGGAGUGGCUUCGGGAGCGAGGCACGACGCGAUCUGAAGCGGCGGCGAGUUCGGAGACGGAGCUGGGGCGUGGCCAGGCGUUCUCUUGGGUUUCAGUCACGAGCCAUGUCAGUGCGCUGGGGCAAUGCCAGGUCAUGGCGUUGAUGUGAAUCGCUAGCUCUUUAGAUGAGCUCUGUGGGUCACUGCUCUGAGGCAGAACUAAGCACGUUUCCCUGCAACAGACCUACUUCUAACCUCAAUCGUAUUCAUGUCGUUUGAUGAUUUGGUGAUCAAUACCGAGGGACCCAGGUAAGUAAUAAUUUGCCCAUGCAUCUGGGGUCUGUGGCUCGUCGGCUGACUGCCUGCAGAUGCGAGAACCUUCGCUUGCCGCUCUGCUGGUAACAUGCCUGCAGACGCGAAAACCUUCGCCUGCCGCUCUGCUGGUAACAUGCCUGCAGACGCGAGAACCUUCGCCUGCCAGUCUACUGGUAACAUGCCUGCAAACUCGAGAACCUUCGCUUGCCGGUCUACUGGUAACAUGCCAGCAGACGCGAGAACCUUCGCCCGUCGGUCUGCUGGUAACAAUAUCACGCUUUAUAGACUGAUUCAUGCGGUUCAGGUUUACAAGUGCAAUACACGGCAUGUUUGACGGACCCCGGGUGUCCAGCUCUAAACUGUUGACGUCGUCACCAAUACAUGUCUCUGUCGAA